AUGUCGUCCCCUUCCCGCUCCCCACUUGUUUCGAACUCCACCCGCAUUGAUACUCCUCAUGCAAGCAACGACACCUUUGACUGUUAUCGUGAUAGUGAGGAUGUAGAGCUUAAGGCUGGCUUGAAAGAAUCCAAAUUGUCUGUGAAAGAGCCUGUCGGCGAUGAAGGGAAUGAGCUGGGCUUAUUGAGUGGUUCCACCCGGUUGGAGGAUUUACCUGCAUGGAGACGUGGACUGGCUGCGACCUCUUCUUUCACUGCGCCCAAGAACACAGAAUCUGAUGAUGAUGAACUGCCAUUGCUCGCUAACUCGAGUCAUUCCCCGAACUAUUCUCCGAGACAGUGUAGGAGACCUAAGCUGCCCCGUUGCGUGUUGUUCCCUCUCCUAGGAUUCUUCAUCAUGCUGUAA